AUGGAGAGAAAAUUAGCAAAAUUAAUAAAAGCAUUUUCACUAAAAGAACCCAACAAGUUACAGUUAGAAUUUAAGUAUAACAACGAACGAAAAAUAACGACUCUAUCCCCUUUAUCCCCUGCUAGAAUGUCAAAUUCAGAUACGAUAAUGGAAUCAUCAUGGAAUGAACAUAUUCAUUUUAAACUUGAUACAUUAAAUACUUCCGGAAGUAAUAAAUUGGUUAUAACAUGUUGGGAUGCAUCUAUUAAAGGACCUGAUGGACGUUUAGGAGAGAUAGCUAUGGAUUUAGAAAAUUUUGAUAAAUCGGAUGAAUUCGAUAAUAAAAGUAAGCGAUCUUUAUACGUCGUUGGAAAUUUAUUUAUUUAUUUACUUCGAAAUGAUGAACCAAAGCCAAAGAUUGAAUUGAAAUUUUAUUUAUAUUUCCUAUCAAACAGACCACCAAUUGAAGAGAUGAAAAUGUUCGAAGAUUUGUCACUUCGUAACAAAAGAAUCGGGAUGAUGUUGAUAGAUAACUUAGAAUACGAGAAUUUGUGUGGAAACGCCGGUCCGUUAGGAUUUGAAUUACGAAAAGAAUUUCAUUCUACGGCAAAAUAUUGGCAAAUAGAUUCACAACAGCAAGAAAAACGAUUAGAAUGGAAACAUCCUAUCGGAAUGUUUUUGGUAGCAAGGCCCGAUAACUUGGUGAUCUUUUUUAAAACAAAUUUUAAUGGAUUGGCAAAAACUAAAAUAAGUAUUGGACCUUCCGGUGAAAUGGAAUUUAUUUGGCCAAGAUUAAUGAACGGUGGUCCUAUAAAUGUUACUUCUAGACAUAUCUUUGGAAAAGAAAAAGGAAAAUCGAUUCGACAAGAACACGAAUCAGCAAUAAAACAAAAUACAAAUGAUACAUUGUCUUGUUCUUCACCACGUGAAUCUUCAUCUAUCCCAUCUUUUAAAGAUAACCCUUCGGAUCAUGAUCAUAUUUAUGCAAUUCUACAAAAACCAACACCUACAGUUCAAAGACAUCAAUCGCUUACACAUACUAACGCAACACAAACGAAAACAACUUUGGUUCAAAGACAACGAUCUUAUAAGGAUAAAUCUGAACAAAAACAAAUUGAACAAAAUAAAAGAUUUUCACAUUCUUCCAGCGACACUUCUAAAUCAUCAAAGCAAAAAACCGUUGAUAAGCGUCAACAAAUAAGAAACGACAAUUUGUCUAUAAAUGUUCAUUUUCAACAAGAACCACAAGACUAUGCCAAUAAUAACGCUUAUCGACCCAAACCAUCACCAACAUUUGAAAAUGAAACAAGACAAGAUUUAUCACCAAUUUCGUCAAUUUCGUCGUCGCUUUCACUGAAAUAUCCACCAGACAACAAAACUCAACCAUUAACGAUUCCAAAUAAAAAUUUAUCAAGAAAUAUAGAGCAGCAUAUCAAAGUUGGAAAUUCUCCGCCUGUUAGUGUGGGAUCUCAAUAUUGUGAGCAUAAAGAAAUUCCUUUAGAACCAAAAAUGUUUACUCAACAGAAUUUUCAACAACAAUUGCCUCACAAUCUUACAUUUGGAUUUAAUCCUUCCACGUUUCAAAUCAAUAAUUCGCAAAUUAUAUUUAAUAGAUUUGAAAUAAUUUCUCCGUUGCAAAGAGCAACAACUUCACAUAAUAAAGUAUACCUUGGUCAACAUAAGUUUACUAGUGAUCAGGUUAUAAUUAAACAAUAUAAAUCUCAUUCAAGAUGGGAAAAUGAAAGGCGCUUUUUGAAAGAACUCAAGUCGAAACUAAUCGUAAAGUUGGAAGAUGUAAGUAUCAAUCCAAUCAACGAACAAGAUUGUUUAAUUGUUACCAAGUAUUAUGGAAAACCUUUGGAUGAAGUAGCAGGAGAUAUAUAUGACAAUAAGGAAUAUAUAAAAAAGGUAUUUUAUAACAUUUGUUUAGCUGUGGAUUGGUGUCAUAAGAAUGGAGUAGUGCACAUGGAUUUAAACCCAUCGAAUAUUAUAUGCAAAGAUAGUCUUAUUCAUAGGAUACGUUUAUGUGACUUUGAACAUGCAAAAAAGGUUGGGGAUAAAAUUUAUUCUCACCAUAAUCAGGCAUUCAUAAUAGGAUUUACGUCUCCAGAAUUAUUUUAUCUUCAAAGACAGCAACCCGUUCCUUCCUCACUACCUUCAUCAUAUUCUUCUUCUUCAUCCAACACCCCUUACACCUCUCAAUCUUCUUAUUUACAUUGUCUGUCAAGUUUAGAUAUUUUUAGUUUAGGUUGUAUAUUAUACUAUUUAAAUACAAAAAAUUUAAUAUUUACAACCGAAAAAGAUUUGGAACAAUUAAAUUUAACCAAAGUUUCUGAAAGCAUUGAAGAUAAACGAGUCUCUAUUUUAGUCAAGUGGAUGGUAGCUGAAACUGGCAACGAAAGACCUGAUACUACACAAUUAAUUACAAAUUCAUUCUUUGAUUCAAUAAGGUAA